UCCCACAGCCAGGAACCGAGCUGACGCGGAUCUGCGGAACACUGCAAAGGGGCGCCGAGCUCCGCUCUACUUCCGGUGGGGAAGAAAAAGGGAACACUGCCGGAAGCGAGGAAGGUGCUGUGUAAUCACUGAGGAGCUGAGGCACUUGUACGCUCCGAAAAUGCCGGAUUACCUGGGCGCUGAUCAGCGGAAAACCAAAGAGGAGGAGAAGGACGACAAGCCCAUCCGAGCUUUGGAUGAGGGGGAUAUUGCCUUGUUGAAAACUUACGGUCAGAGUACUUACUCCAGGCAGAUCAAGCAGGUUGAGGAUGACAUUCAGCAACUUCUCAAAAAAAUUAAUGAGCUCACUGGUAUUAAAGAGUCUGACACUGGCCUGGCACCACCAGCCCUUUGGGAUUUGGCUGCGGAUAAGCAGACUCUUCAGAGUGAACAGCCUUUACAGGUUGCGAGGUGUACAAAGAUAAUCAAUGCUGAUUCAGAGGACCCAAAAUACAUUAUCAAUGUGAAGCAGUUUGCCAAGUUUGUGGUGGAUCUCAGUGAUCAAGUGGCACCUACUGACAUUGAAGAAGGGAUGAGAGUUGGUGUGGACAGAAAUAAGUAUCAAAUUCAUAUCCCACUACCUCCUAAGAUUGAUCCAACAGUUACUAUGAUGCAGGUAGAAGAAAAACCUGAUGUCACAUACAGUGAUGUUGGUGGCUGUAAAGAACAGAUUGAGAAAUUGCGAGAAGUAGUUGAAACACCCCUGCUUCAUCCAGAGAGGUUUGUUAACCUUGGAAUUGAGCCUCCAAAGGGUGUGCUGCUGUUUGGUCCCCCAGGCACAGGAAAGACACUCUGUGCUAGAGCAGUUGCUAAUAGGACUGACGCUUGCUUCAUUCGAGUUAUUGGAUCUGAACUUGUACAGAAAUACGUUGGCGAGGGGGCUCGAAUGGUUCGUGAGCUCUUUGAAAUGGCCAGAACAAAAAAAGCCUGUCUUAUUUUCUUUGAUGAAAUUGAUGCCAUUGGAGGGGCUCGGUUUGAUGAUGGCGCUGGAGGUGACAAUGAAGUGCAGAGAACAAUGUUGGAGCUGAUCAACCAGCUGGAUGGUUUUGAUCCUCGAGGCAACAUCAAGGUUCUGAUGGCCACUAACCGACCUGAUACUUUGGACCCAGCACUGAUGAGGCCAGGGAGGUUGGAUAGAAAGAUUGAAUUUAGUUUGCCUGAUUUGGAGGGUCGGACUCACAUCUUUAAGAUUCAUGCUCGUUCAAUGAGUGUUGAAAGAGAUAUUAGAUUUGAAUUGUUAGCACGGCUGUGUCCAAAUAGCACUGGAGCAGAGAUUAGAAGCGUCUGCACAGAAGCUGGCAUGUUUGCAAUCCGAGCUCGGCGAAAAAUUGCUACUGAGAAGGAUUUCUUGGAAGCUGUAAAUAAGGUCAUUAAGUCUUAUGCUAAAUUCAGUGCUACUCCUCGAUACAUGACAUACAACUGAGCCCCAAAGGCUUUCAAGUGGAAAAACUUUCUUUAGUUGACAUCCUAAGCUUACAAUAGACUUGUUACCACCUCAUAAGAAAAUAAAAGAUUUCAAAAUUGUAUAAGUUCA